AUGUACACAACCCGAACAAACAUCGAUUUACCCUUCGAAAUCCAUCCCGAAAUCUCGAUUCUAAGGCCGAGUAUUCAUGCCCGAAGAGCGAACAUCGUUGUCAAGUUUCAAGAUCUCUACGGGUUUACAGUGGAAGGCAAUGUUGAUGAUGUGAAUGUGUUGAAUGAGGUGAGGGAGAAGGUGAGGGAACAGGGUAAGGUAUGGUGGGCAAUGGAAGCUAACAAAGGUGCGAAUUGGUAUCUACAGACUUAUGCAUCUUCCGUUGCCCUUAAAUCGUCUCUUCGGUUUUCGGUUUUGGUGAACGCGAUCGCCCUCAAGAAGCUGAUCAGGAAGGGUAUACCUCCGGCUUUGAGGCCGAAGGUAUGGUUUUCGUUAUCCGGGGCCGCUAAGAAGAAAUCUACGGUCCCGGAUAGCUAUUAUAACGAUCUUAUAAUAGCCGUUGCGGAUAAAGUCACCCCGGCCACAAAGCAAAUUGAUCAUGAUUUGCCGCGAACCUUCCCUGGUCAUCCGUGGUUGGACACCGCCGAGGGUCAUGCUGCGGUCAGACGGGUUCUUGUAGGGUAUUCUUUUCGUGACUCAGACGUUGGUUAUUGUCAGGGUUUAAAUUACGUGGCCGCGUUGUUGUUACUUGUUAUGAGAACCGAAGAAGAAGCUUUUUGGAUGUUAGCAGUUUUGCUCGAAAACGUGCUGGUUAGCGAUUGUUACACAGAUAAUCUAUCGGGAUGCCAUGUCGAACAACGGGUGUUUAAAGAUCUGUUAUCCAAAAAAUGCCCUCGGUUGUCUGCUCAUUUAGAAGCUAUGGGGUUCGAUAUCUCGCUUGUAGCCACCGAGUGGUUUCUUUGCCUCUUUUCCAAGAGCUUGCCUUCCGAGACGACCAUGCGGGUUUGGGACGUUUUGUUUUACGAAGGAGCGCAAGUUUUGUUUAACAUAGCGUUGGCUAUUUUUAAGAUGAAGGAAGAAGAGUUGUUGAUGACACAUUAUGUUGGAGAUGCAAUCAAGAUAAUACAGAAUACAACCCAUCAUCUAUUUGAUCCCGAUGAUUUGUUAAUGGUCGCCUUCGACAAAAUCAGCUUUAUGACAACCAAUUUAUCGAAGCAGAGAAAAAAGCAAGAAACUGCGGUCAUGGCAGAGCUCGACCAGAGGUUAAGACGACUAAAUACGUGUAAAUUAAGCGUUAAUACUUGACUACUAAUUGACGUCGAUGAUGUAAGUUGCAUAUUGUACCAAACCAAACGGGCCCACUGUAUCUCACCCGGAUGCGGGGUCUAAAGGGUAAGUUGUACGUACACGUGAAAACGUUGUCUUACGCUUGUUGAGGGCUAGCAAGGGGGCCGAUGGUCUUUUUUUGCAUGCUUCUAGGAGAGAAUUGGGUGUUGCAAAUGUAUGAGAGUUCGCAGGUGUAAAAAUGCUAACUUUCGAGUUUCGAA